AUGCGACACCAGUAUGCAACAGUUCCUCCACUACAAAAGAAAUAUAUCUUGACGCAAAACCCUUUUAACAACGAUAUCCUCGGCAUGAACGAAGCACUUUGCUCUAUUCUUUCCGGGGAGGAUGAAUGGUGCUUUGAUACGGAAGGUAGGUCGAUCAAAUUCAACAAGGACGGUACUGGCGAGUUAUGGUGCCGUUGCAAUUUUAACUAUUGGAUCGCUGCAGAGCUUGAGUGGAAGAGCAUCGAGCCAGUUGACUGCGUUGAACCACCUGGCCAGAUCGUCGAGAUUGCGAGUGCCACCCAGAACAAAAGCCCUCAUCUCCUUGGGCAGCUCGGCCUCGAAAUAACUCUCGCCAAACGGCUGCCACGACGGGUACAAACCUCGGAUUUGUCAAAAAGCACCAUGAUUAACGAGCUUGGUCUCACUGAUGAUGCCUUUCGACGCAAAUCAUAUACUAUCAGAAUCGAGAAAGGCAACUUCACAGAACCUUGUUAUAUCGGGUCCUCGAGCUCGCAUAGGCCAAGGUUCGCACUUCGUCUAGUAUUUGAUAAGUCGCCGUAUCCUCCACGAUCUGAGUGGAGGAAGCCGGAUGGGGGUCCAGAUGGAGGUCAAUUUUGGGAUCACAAAGAAUUCGUCAGUCGAAAUUCUCCGGAGCUGGAAAAGCAAGGAAGAGCUAUGAACGACAUUCCUCCAGCAGGCUGGAACACCUGCGCAGUCUCCUAG